AGAGAUUCGAGGGCCUUUUUGAAGGGGCAGGGCUGGGUCGGCGCGCAGACGUUCGCGCGCAGCGGGGCGCGCGGCGCCCGGGGGCGGCCCAGUCCCGCGCCGAGCGCCGCUCGGGCCGGCCGUGUCACGAGCCGCAUGAGCGCGCCGGAGUGCUAGCGCAGGUGCGCGGGUGUGGUAUGCCCGCGCGUCGCCGCCAUGGCCCCUCUGCUGGUGGCCUUGGCGCUGAUGACCUUGCUGCCCGUGUCGGAGCAAGGUCCCCACGAGAAGCGUCUACUGAACGCUUUACUGGCGUCAUACAACACGCUGGAGCGGCCGGUAGCCAACGAGAGCGAACCGCUAGAAGUCAAGUUCGGCCUGACGCUGCAGCAGAUCAUAGAUGUGGACGAGAAGAAUCAACUACUUAUAACCAAUAUAUGGCUGUCAUUGGAAUGGAACGAUUACAACCUGAGGUGGAACGAUAGCGAGUACGGCGGCGUGAAAGACCUGCGCAUCACACCCAACAAGCUGUGGAAGCCAGACGUUCUUAUGUAUAAUAGUGCUGAUGAGGGUUUUGACGGGACCUACCAGACCAAUGUGGUGGUCAGAAACAACGGCAGUUGCCUGUACGUGCCCCCGGGCAUUUUCAAGAGCACAUGCAAGAUAGACAUCACGUGGUUCCCCUUCGACGACCAACACUGUGACAUGAAGUUCGGUAGCUGGACCUACGAUGGCAACCAGCUGGAUCUGGUGCUUAAGGAUGAGAAUGGUGGCGAUUUGUCCGACUUCAUUACAAACGGAGAGUGGUAUUUAAUAGGAAUGCCAGGAAAAAAGAACACGAUAACAUAUGCGUGUUGUCCAGAGCCUUACGUGGAUGUAACUUUCACCAUUAUGAUAAGAAGAAGAACGUUAUACUACUUCUUCAAUCUCAUAGUUCCAUGUGUCCUUAUCUCUUCGAUGGCUCUCCUGGGCUUCACUCUUCCACCGGACUCUGGAGAAAAAUUAACACUCGGAGUCACUAUUCUUCUCUCGCUGACGGUGUUCCUCAACCUGGUAGCCGAGACCCUGCCACAGGUCUCCGACGCGAUCCCCUUGUUAGGAACAUAUUUUAACUGGAUCAUGUUUAUGGUCGCGUCGUCCGUGGUUCUGACCGUCGUGGUGAUAAACUACCAUCACCGCUCCGCUGAUAUGUACGAGAUGCCGAAGUGGAUAAAAUCCGUGCUCCUGCAAUGGCUGCCCUGGAUACUGCGGAUGUCGAGGCCGGGCAAGAAGAUCACGCGCAAGACCAUCAUGCUCUCCAACCGGAUGCGUGAGCUGGAGCUGAAGGAGCGCUCGUCGAAGUCGCUGCUGGCCAACGUGCUGGAUAUAGAUGAUGACUACCGGCACGGUCCGCCAGCGCCUAACAGUACGGCGUCGACGGGGAAUCUCGGGCCAGGAUGCUCGAUCUUCCGCACCGACUUCCGCCGCUCGUUCGUGCGGCCGUCGACGAUGGAGGACGUGGGAAUGGGCCACCAUCGGGAGCUGCACCUGAUACUGCGGGAGCUGCAGUUCAUCACGGCGAGGAUGAAGAAGGCGGACGAGGAGGCGGAGGUCAUCAGCGAUUGGAAGUUCGCGGCUAUGGUUGUGGACAGGUUUUGCCUGUUCGUGUUCAGCCUGUUCACGAUCAUCGCGACGGUGGCGGUUCUGCUGUCCGCGCCGCACAUCAUCGUACAGUGAGGCCGCACGCGCCUCACGCACCGAGAGAGAACUAUGCUUAACGUAGACUACGAUACCCUGCGCCCCAAUCAAAAUGGCCAUCUCGAACGGUAAUAGGUCAAUCUGAUGACACCUUUGUUAUCUCAUUCUGACCUAUUACUGAGAGCCUAUUAUUGUUACCUGUGGCGCAGUGGUUACGUCUAAUUUUAAAACUGUAUAAUAUUGUAUCUAAAUACGUGGUUCAAGCGCACACGGUCCCUAAACCAAGUCGAAAGACGGUAAAUAUAAAUUACAUACGUUACGUAGUAAGUCCGACAUAAUUAAUUAUAAAAUGAUUGUGAUGUUGACUAGGAUGUUAUACAGAUAAACGUUGACAGUUAUAAUUUUGUUAAAAAUGUAACAAUACUAAUAAUAUUACUAAUUAAAGGUAAAAGAGGUUUUAAUAAAUUGUUUUAAAGGAACGUUCGAAAGGUAUGGCUCCGUGCGGCAUCGGCAUAGAUUUUUGUUCUUAAAAUAUUAAUAAGCAAUUUACGGAAUAUACAACUGAUAUUGAAGAAUUUUACUGACAAAUUAUUUAUUUAAUACAUUUUAAUACAUGCACAAUCGACAUAUAUAUUUUGUAUUGGCGUUUAAGAUAGUUGUUAAUUUUGGAAUUGGGAUCUUAGAGGCGAGAGGGACGACGCCCGCUCGGGUCGUAAUCCUUUAAGCAAAUGAGGGAUCACACAUGAUGACGUUACCUUAGGGUAGUAAGUAACGUGUAUAUAACAUAAAGGAUCAAAUAUUGGUAGACUCGACUUAUAAUACGUCGUUAAGGUUAUGUUUUAAGAUAUAUCUAUACGCGAGUACGCGUCACGAGCGAUGCGACGCGUAUAUCCGGGAUCUCGGUUCACUUGUUUACUUUUAAUUUCCGUUGGAGCUCCAGGAAUUGUUUAAGUUGUGGAAUUGAUACAAAAUAAACAAUUAACAAUAUUAACAUGAUGGAACCAAAGUAAAGGUAGAUAGUUAAAAAUAUUGUAAAACAAAAGCUUAAAAUAAAUGUAAAAUCAUCAAUUACAUCUCAAUUGUGUAAGUGAGCAUAACCGCAGUAUUAAGGACGUACUCGUAGAUAAAUUGGAACAUAUUCAAAUUUAUUAGUCAUUGAGCACGACACGAAAUACUAGGAGCAUUCUAGUGGUUUAUCUAGUCCCUUUAGUGAUCUAGCGAGCGCGGCAGCGACGCGUUUGGGAAACGUUUAUCAAUAAUGUACAUAAUAGUUAUCAAUUAUUAACGUGUGUAUUUGUACAUAACAUCAAAAAAUGCAGCAAAACAUAAAUAUUAUUCAUUUUGGAACAGUUACUGGUACGAAUUUAUUGUAAUUAACUAGUUUCAGCACGAAAGGAAAAAAAUGAAAUUAUUUAUCUAUUCUGAUAAGUAAACAACUGUCUUCACAGCCCGCUCUGUACUCUCUGGUAUAGUCUGCAUCUUCUCAAAUGAUUUGUACGCCUAAGACGGUUAUCUGUUAAA